UCCGUUUUAAUGGGUUGGGAAUUGCUCUUCUGGCUGCUUCUUUGUUUCCCUCUCAACAUUGCCUUUUUUGCCUCUUCUUUUUACCAGGUCAUUGGAUCAUGUUCUUGCUCACACUUCCUCUUGCUUGCUAUCACGCCAAUCUAUUUUGCCUUACAAUGUGCUAAUGAGGGAAGUCAAGUUUUCCCUCUUUUAUGUGUGUAUGGAUUGAAUGGAGGCAUAAGAUUUGCAUUUGAUGAUCAUUUAAAUCAACUUCCAGUUGAUGCACUUCCUGGUAUAAGGUAUGAAUUAAAGAAGCAGAAUGUUCAUACUUGUGGACAGUUGUGAACGAUUUCCAAGCUUCUACAGAUUCUAUUCAUUCUCCUUUAAGAACGUCAAUUUGUAAUGCUUUCUUUCUGUCUGUUAUCAAUCAGUUCCCUGUGGUCUUAGCUAUUUUUCUCAUUCCUUGAAUUUAGGAAGGCACAUGGAUUUAUAAGGCUUAGAAAAAGUGAAUAUAAGCUCUGAUGAAAUAACUAAUUUUGUCAGAAAUUUUAAAAAUUAUAUUGAAGACAACAAUAAUAUGAUACGAUAAGUUCUUUUGAGCAAAGAACAUAACAAAAAAGAAGUUGCAGCCCUUCUUUAUUCAAGAAUAUAGUCAUUGCACAAACUUGUGUAUUGUUGCAGCUUAGUUCAUGUACCUGUAGACUCCAUAGCUUUGUUCAAUAUUCCUUUUGGUGCAUAUAAUUUAAAGGCAUUGGCAUCUGUAAAUUCAAGAUUGUAUCGCUGCUUUCUUUGUUCUUUACAUCCCUCACUGCAGAAGGACUAUGGAAUGAGAACAGGGGAAAUGCUGUGGUAUUAUAGCAGAGAAAUUGAUUAUCAACCGGUAGGAUUAUUCAGGUAGUGAAAAGCCUAUCAUUUGUCCUUAAUACUUUGCUUUAAAAUUCAAACUUGAUUUGUCAUUAGAUUUGAGGUAGGUUAGACCUCCUUAACUUUUUGUUAGACAUAAAACUAUUCACGUGCCUCAACAUAAAAGCUUAAGCUGUUGGAGUAGGUGGUUCAUAACAUGAUAUUAGAGUUUUAGAAUUCGAUCCUUGUUUGCUUCACUUAAAUAAAAAUUAGAGUUUAUGUUCCGUCGACAUUUGGGCUUUUAGCUGAGAAUCUUGUUCAAUCCUGGACACCUCAAUAUCUUGAGUGGAGGAUGAAAACCUUCCAUGUUGAAACGGGUCCCAGUAAUGUCACUGAACAAUUUGUUUUAGGGUAUUGUAAGUCUCACUCCCUGCUUCAAGAGGUACGUCAACCACCAUGCUUGGACCUUCUCUCUGAGGCUAGCCCUCUCAAGAUUAAAGAUGGAAAUCUUGUGGCCAAUGCAACCUUAGAGGCGGCACUAAAUUUGGCAUUGGAGAACAUGAGCUUGCAGGAGACACCACAGUAACAUUACCGUAGAGAAAAACCAAACAAGCUUUAGGAAUUAACUUGUUUUCUUUUUUAAAUUGGAUGUUGGAACUUUGUUUGUUGAUGCUAGAACUCUUCUUGUGAAAUAUUAUCCUCGUGAUUUUGUUUGUUGAUGUAUGAAUAUAUUCUUCUUAUUCAUCACCAAUUUGUAGUGAUUUGUAUGCC